UGAGGAAGGAGAAAGUGUGUGAGGAAGAGUGUGCGAGAGCCGUCUUUGACCCGUGUGGCCACGUGGAUUCACAGCGAGUGUCGCGCAGCAGCAGGCACAACGUAUCUGGACUGUUAAUAUUGAAUCUGGACCGGACCAUUUCAGCUGAAGGGUUUGACUUGUUCAUGUACCAGUUGUUUUCCUUAACUUGACUGGCAGCUGGUUCUUCUGUUAUGAACAAUGCCUCUGGUGCACAGUGCUGGAUAUUUCUGAUCAAUGACUCGGUGUGACAUCAGCACAGAGGUGAGUGUGUGUGUGUGUGUGUGAUUGCCUGACCAGCUUUAGAGCUAAUAGAAGACCUCAAAGAGAGUCAGGAGAGUUUUUUUCAUACUUUGUGUCUCUGAAACACCCUGUUUCAUCAACAUCAGAAGACCCCCACCAACCCACACCCAAUUACGAUAGCACCUUGAAGGACCUGAGAGUCUGGAUAUUCCGCCACAUUUAUUGAGGAUGCUGGAAUGAGAACGAUAUCUCUGGAUGUAACAAUCACAUCCGUUGCUCCUUGGCCCUUAUUUUUAUGGGAUUAGUUUGUACUUUAGACUUGAGCUGAAACAUUUUAGGACUCUAAACUCCACCUCAUCCUCUCUACUGGACAUCAAGAAUCCUGAAGGUUCAACCCCUUGAAGACAACAUCUCCUUGCUCUCCUACGCUCACCCAGUCAUGGAUUCACAGGGUGGUCCCUACCUCAACACGAGGGCCCUCUGCUCGCCUCUGGGUGCCGCCCGCCUCUGUCAGUUAGCCAUGGGCUGUGCAGUGAUCGCCAUGGUAACCCACAGUGCGGGCUACAGCGGGUCACAUGGUGUGUUCUGUAUGGCGGCGUGGUGCUUCUGCUUCGCCAUGACGGUCGUGGUGUUUUUCCUGGACGCCACUCGUCUCUACAGCUGCCUACCGAUUUCCUGGGACAACCUCACCGUCACAUGUGCUGCCUUCGCGACGCUCAUGUACGUGACCACGUCCGUGGUCUACCCGCUCUUCUUUGUCCGGUCCGAGUGCCCCUACGCCGGCUGUGAAGUCAGAAAUUUUCGCAUUGCUGUGACCGUGUGCUCCAUCCUGGGUGCUGUGGCCUACGGGGCCGAAGUGGCCCUGUGCCGCGCCAGGCCGGGCCAGGCCGUGGUGGGCUACAUGGCCACCGUGUCCGGCCUUCUCAAGGUCGUCCAGGGCUUCGUGGCCUGCAUCAUCUUUGGAGCUGUGGCCAACGGCAGCGAGUUCUCCCGUCACGCCGCGACCAUCUUCUGCGUGGUGGUGUAUGCCUCCUGCUUCGCUCUGACCGCGCUGGUGGUCGUCAUGACGGUGUGUGGGCGGACAAAGGCCGUGGGCUGCUUGCCUUUUGACCGCUUUGUCGUUGUGUGCACCCUCCUGGAGGUCCUGCUGUACCUGAGCGCAUCGGUGGUGUGGCCAGUGUUCUGCUUCGACGCAAAGUACGGCUCCCCGUGGAGGCCGUCGUCCUGCCCUCAGGGGCGGUGUCCGUGGGACAGCAAGCUUGUGGUGGCUGUGUUCUCCUUCGUCAACUUUGGACUGUAUGUGGCGGACCUGAUCUACUCCCAGAGGAUCAGAUUUGUCUCUUCCCAUAACUCGAGAGCGUAGCAGCGGAUGGAGGCAUGUUGGUAUCAUGUUGGCUUAAGUUUAAGGUUUAAGUUAUUCAUCUGUGUUCGUGUUCUGUAUUUGGUUUGUGCAUUUAUUUGAUAUUUAAAGACAGGAAAUACAGAGAGGGUUGUGGGGGGUUGGUGGACUGGGGGAUGGGAUGGAGGUAAAGAUCCCUGGACAUCACUGGUGCUGCUCGUGGUCUAACUGAGGCACCCAGACACCUCAAAUUCAACGUGAAACUACUCUGGAAUGUGAGCAUGGAAUUUUAACCCUACAUUCCCUGCGCCAAUCCCCCCCCCCCCCCCGAAGUGACACCCCAUCUCUUCAACUCACCCCAUCUUCACUUUUGGGAGAACAGCCAGCCUCACCCGAGCAGCCCAGGAGCCUGGUAUGUUCUGCCUAAAUCCUCAUAAACAAAGACACUCCCGCUAUUCUUGACCAGCGGCAUAACACACACUGCACUGCCCACUUGGAAUGCUGCUCUAAUAAUACAUCAAAUGUAUAAAUACUAAAGCUGGCAUUGGCAUCUGUGGCAUCUGAGAACCCCUCACCAGAGAGUUGAGGACAUCCACCUGACCGCCGAAAAUAAACACGAGCUGCCUGCACUCACAACGAAGCAGUUUCUGAGAGGCUUCUUCUUUAAGCCCAUUGAAAAAAACACCACCCACAAUUACACAAUCUGAUCAUGGUCAGUGUGACCGAAGCAUGUUUGCACGCUGUCACAGAAAGUCAAACAAGUCCUUAAACCAACAGGUCAAAUGCAAAAAAUGAGAUGUGUUUCUAUUUAAUACAUUUCCAUUUCCAGCUAACUGCUAGUUAGAAAUCUGUGGAUGUUUUUGAUCUGUGUGAAUCACUCCUGGUUCACAGUUUAACACAGAAUCGAUCAAUGUGCUCAUGUUCACAAUAGAUCAAACUGUAUAUACUAGGUUUAUUUGAAAAAUACAACUCUACCUUGAACUCUCCAGUUCCCCUCAGCUUUACAGCUUCGCUAAGCUCCUUCUUUGGUUUCAUAGUUCGCAACUUUACUGUUUUCAUUUAAUCUUGCUUACGUCAUGGAGGCUCUGUCCAUAUUUUCUAUAGAACAUAUGUGAGAUUCAACUUCGUUUCUCAAAAAUCCUACAACCUCCCCCUCCUCCUCCUCUCCGUCCUUCACUCCUCUCAGCUUUGGUCACUUCAUCGCUCUAAUCCAGGAUCAAUGUAUACCCCCCGUCACAGCUUUGAGCGCUAUGGGCGGAUCAUUUUAAGUCCUGGGGAAGUCGCUGGGCCACAGCACACGUAAAGCAAGUCCAUCUCCGGUUGGAUGCUGUGGUAUCCAAAUCUAUCUAAGACUUGUGUGUUAUUAGAGAUUUGCUUUAUAAGGCGUUGUACCAAUUUUUGUAAAUAAGAGAGUAAAUACAAGUGAACAAUGUGUUCAUUCAGAAAAAGCAGCUGAGCAGUAGACGCGGGUUUAUUUCAACUGUUUAGCAAUUAAUAAACAUAAAUUCCGCUGUGUUUCGUUUUCUUAUCAUCAUCCUGCAGGUCUUUCUAUGCACAGGCUCUCUGGAGACAUUACUCACUUUACACCUCAGCGGAUAUUUCCAAAAUAGGAUACAACAUCACUGGAAUAUGACAGAGCCCAGAGAAAGCAGCGGCUAAAAGUGACAGACGCUCUGUGGCUCCAUCAAGGCCCGUGUGCUCCCUGCUGCUCUGCAGAUCCCCAUUGAGCAGCUGUUCCAUGUUCGGUACUCACUUUACUCCUGACUCCUAGCGGGCCUCCAUCUUAAACAAUGUCAACAUGCACGGACGCACACACACAUACACACACACAUAUACAGCCCAGAGUGUCUUUAUAAUUAUUUUGACAGAGAUGAACUGCGACAGGUGUCAAUCGGAGACGCCCCUUCCUCAUGGCAGGGCCGCAGGGCGGCGGAGGGACAGAGGACUGCUGGCUGGCUGUCAUGUUUAAUCUCUGCUGGUGCACGUUGCUGAUGUCAACUUCCCCGCCGUUGCCCUCGGCUCUUGUUUUUCCAAAUGUUCGUGUAAAUCAUCGGCUCACUGAUCUAAGCCUAUAAAAGUAAAAACUUUUAUCAACCGUGAACUGCAGAACAUCCAGACAGAGGCUCUCUCGAAAUCAAAGACCUCCUCUCUGGGUUUUGCAAACCAGUGAAUCAACGAAAAUUACAACCAUCACUAAAUUCCCUCCUGUGACCACGGUACGUCCUUUUCAAUCUUCUCUCCACUUAAUGAACUCCCUCUAAGCUCAGCGCCUGCUGAACUGCAAACGGAAAUGCACAAGCAGUGUGACGUUUUCUAUUCCCUUCAUUAUCUUUUGGGGAGUUUUGCUUAGAUUUUUCGGUGAGAUUUUGUGAUCCGCUCAGGGAAAUCCUUCAUUAGUUUUGGGUGUUAACAUAAAACUGAAGGCUGACAUUGAUUAGAGCGGAUGCUUUAAUGACGCUGCUUUGCAGUAAUUCUCAUUCUUGUGUUCGGGCUGCUGGAGGGAGAUGAAGGCACUUGGGGGAGAGUUUCUGAAUAUGCACAUCUCCUCUCACUCAAUACAGCUGUCUCUGUCUCUCUCUCUCUCUCACUCUCUCACUCGCCCUCUUAUUUUACGUUUUUCACUCACACCUCUGGGAACUUAUCACUGCUAGCAACAAAUUGUUGUGAACGCUUCUCCUGGGUCAGCUUGGGACGAAAAGAAGUGAAUAAAAGGGUUUUUUGUUUUGUGGUAUUUUUAAUAAAUCUCUUGGGCGUAUGUCAAAACAAGAAGGAGCGACUGAGUGUUGUCACGCCUCAGCACACAUGCCAAGUCUGAGUGAUAGUACAGCAGCAGGCAGUGGUAAAUUUACUUUUUGUGUGUGUGUGCUGUGUGUGACUGAGAGGCAGAGUCGCAGGGAUACGUCACUGAAGUGUUCAGCUGGUUUGAGAUUAGGUUCGGCGGAUAGUUUUGCAAGUAAUUAUUGGAAAAGCCGAAGCAAGAAGGGGAUGGAAACACUGUGCCGUACGGCCCUCGUGUCCAUCUGUUAUUGUGCACUUUGUAACAUCCGAAAGAAGGGAAUAAUCCUGUUCCUGAUUUGAAGAAAUUCAAAAGUAUACUGACUCAAGGACAUUUUGCAAUUAGAGUAAAAUAUUUACACAAUUGCAAAUCUAUAAAUUUGGAGCACUCAAAAAGACUUUUACAAAUGAUUGAUGCUUCCUGUUCUGUUGGGCAGGUCUUCAAAAACACUGAAUGCUCCAUUUACCAGAAUGAAAUGACAUCACUUUGCCCCCUAAAUGCGCCGUCGUUAAAACCCCACACCUUCAGUUUGUAUCUUAGUCCCACACAGCCGGAUCUAUCUCCACAGCGCAGUGUCAGCACUGGGAGAAGGUCUCGCUC